CAAAAGAGCCCGAGCCCGAGUCCAUGCCCCUGCCCCACAGGGGAAGAAACUCCCGCGUGGCUGGCUCCCGAGUAGCGAGCACUAGCCUCCCGCGGGCUACGGCCCACUCGCCAAGGCGUGCCGGCCGCGGGGCCCCGUCGUCGAGCCAUGCACAACGCCUCACCCGGCGACGCCAUUCCUCCGAGCAGGUCCCACCAGGGCCCGAGCCGGAGGCUGACUUCCGCUCGGGAAAGUGGCUCCAAGAGCGCGCCGGAGGGGACACCAGGGACUCGCGGCAGGCUGCGCGUGCUGGGAUGGGAUCUAGGCACAGGAUCUGUAGUCGGGAAGAAGUAGUGAUCCCGUGUGCUUCUGACAAUGAUUCAGGGAGUGUGGAUUUGCAGCUGAGCAACUUAGAGAAUAUUGAAAAAGAUCCAAGUAGCCUUGAACUUACAGACUCCAACAUCUCUGACAUCGCUGAACUCUCUCGGGAACCGCUCACAGAUAGCUUCAGACGCCUGACCCAAAAGGACCCCCUCAGUGAGUCCAUUGUUGAGAGGCUGAUCCAGUCUAUCCAGGAGGUUUUUGAUGGUGAGCUACAGAGUGAACUUGAGAAGCUGACAUUCCUACGAUCUUUGUCUUCUCUCAGCCGAACUUUACCCUAUGAUGACACCACAGAAUCAUUCAUUCACAGCCACAUAGAAGACGUUGUGUGCAUCCUAAAUAUGCUGGUAGAAGAGGAGCCUGUGCAUUCUCUCUUGAGCUCUGUGCUCCAGGAGGUCUUUGUCACCAUCGCUGACCUCAGCUACCAAGGUGUCCACUUGCUAUCUGGCUCUGAAGAUGGAGCUGAUUUGUUCAGUCUUAUUACAAAAAGUAUAAUCACUCUGCCCUCCGUAACGACUCUUAUCCAGCUGCAGGAAAUCAUGCCAAGUGGGUCCUACAACACAGAGUGUCUCUACAGGCAGACGUUUCAAGCAUUCUCUGAGAUGCUCCAGAGUUUGGUAGUAGAAGAUCCACAUUUGGAAAAUCUUGACACCAUUUUUAAGCAAAUGGACCCCUGGUUACAAUCAACCAAAGACCAUGAGCGGGAACGGGCCACAGCCAGCAUGGCUCAAGUACUAAAGUGCUUAUCCAGACAUCUCAGCCUGAAGCUUCCACUGCGAUUCCAAAGGCUUGGGCACCGAGUGGCUCUGCUGGCGCUACUGUGUGGGGACCCAGUGAAGGAGGUAGCGGAGGAGGCCGCGGCGGGCACGCACUACCUGCUGCAUAUCACCCUAAGGCUGAAGUAUAUCAGUUAUGACAAAAAUCACCCAAGCUUGAGAAGAGCAAUGAAAAAGUGUCGAGAACUCCUAGAACUCUACAGUAUUAAACGGUUCUACAGUUGUCCCUUCAAAAUUGCCCAGGUCUUCGAAGUUUUUCUCAAUUCAAAUGAGCUUUGCCAGUUUGUAAUGACUAUAUUGGAUAGCCUGGAAAAUCUGAAACAUCCCUCCACCCAGCAAUCAGCAGGAGAAUUGCUGCUAACAUUGGUGAAAAAUGCAGAGUCCCGAUUUGAGAAGGUACCAGAAAUUAUGGGAGUUAUCUGUGCCCGGCUAUGCAUAAUCAGCCAGCCUAGAGUCCGACGACAAAUCAUAAAUACUGUGAGUUUGUUUAUCUCCAGGCCCAAGUACACAGAUAUAGUGAUCAACCACCUUCUGUGUCAUCCAGUACCAUAUGACAGGCAUCUGGGUGAGUUGUGGAGAACUCUGGAGGUGGAACUGCCCAGCACCACCUGGAUUCUGUGGAGACUUCUGAGGAAGCUGCAGAAAUGCCAUAAUGCACCCACCCAAGAGAAGAUGGCCUAUGUGGCUGUUGCUGCAACAGAUGCCCUUUAUGAGGUGUUUGUGGGCAACAGGCUCCGAGCAGCUACAUUCAGACUCUUUCCUCAGCUUCUCAUGACACUGCUCAUCCAGAUACACCACAGCAUCGGUCUCACCAUGUCUGAUGUCGCCAUCCCAAGUGGCCUGUACACGGAACAGGAAAUGUCUUCAGAGGUCACCCCUUUGUGCUUCGCCAUACAGGCUACAAAGACUCUCCUCCUCAGAACAUUGUGCUGGCAGGAAUUCAACAUCAUGGAAAAGAAUAAAGGAUGGACCCUCCUGGAAGGAAAAGAGUGCCAUCUUCAGGGAGUAUCUCUCCUUGCCAAUGCGUUGCUGGAAAGAAAUCGCCUCCUUGCACAUAAAGUCAUGUACUUGUUGGUCCCUCUUCUUAACCGAGGGAAUGAUAAACAUAAACUCACAUCUGCAGGAUUUUUCGUGGAGCUUCUCCAGAGUCCAGUGGCUAGGAGACUGCCCAGCAUAUACUCUGUUGUCCGCUUGAAAGACUGGCUACAUCAUGGAAAUAGUGUCUUCAAAUUUCUUGCCCUAAAGGGACUGCGCUAUCUUAUCAAACACCAGGAGAUGAGGGAAGGCAUCAAGAGCCUGUUGCCGUGCAUCUUAGACCUCUUAUGUGAAACCGACGAGAAGAUUGUUUUGUUGGCCAUCCAGAUACUCUUGCAACUUGUUGGAACAAUGGAUUUCACUACCCUGACAGCCAUGAUGAAGACCCUGUUCUCCCUAUUUGGUGAUGUGAGACCUGAUGUUCAUCGUUUCUCCAUGACCCUCUUUGGAGCCUCCAUAAAGUCUGUGAAAUACACAGAUAAGAAGAGUGUAGAGAAUCAAGUCCUGGACAGCCUUGUCCCACUACUUCUGUAUUCUCAGGAUGAAAAUGAUGCAGUAGCUGAGGAGAGCAGGCAAGUCCUAACCAUAUGUGCCCAGUUCCUGAAGUGGAAGCUGCCCCAAGAAGUGUACUGCAAAGAUCCCUGGUACAUCAGCCCUCGGGAAGCUGGAGCAGUCUGCAGAUUCUUUGGAAAAAAAUGCCAGGGGACAGUUAACCUCCUCGCCCAAACAUUGAUGUUCUCCAAGAACGCAAAGCUUCCUAUCAGGAGAGCAGCAGUCUUAUUCGUAGGACUCUUAUUAAAGUACGUGGAUCACAGUGAGCUCAGGAUGAAGGGCACUGACUGGAUAGAGAACGAUCUGAGAGAUCUGCUGGGUGAUCCUGAGCCCUCUCUGCGCAUCAUCGCCUCUCGGGCUCUCUUCCGAGUGCAGAAGGUGGGGGCUGAACCAGAUCCCAGGCAGUCCGUUUGCGGGCUGAGGAACCUCAUCAGAUGUCUUCCUACUUAG